AUGGAGGCGAGUGUUGUUACCGAAUAUGACUCCUACAGUGAGCGCAAGGCUUUUGAUGAGACAAAAGCAGGCGUGAAAGGCCUCUUUGAUGCUCACGUCACUGAAAUUCCACGUAUAUUCCAUGAUCCAGUAGGCACUUGGGACGACAAGAAACCUCCUGUUUCUGCCUCGGAGUUCUCAAUCCCUAUCAUCGACUUUACAGGAGUUAAAAAGGAUGCAGCGUCACGUGAAGCCGUUGUUAAGAAGGUCAAAGACGCAGCGGAGAAGUGGGGGUUCUUCCAGGUGAUCAAUCAUGGUGUUCCUUUAACCGUUCUUGAAGAGAUUAAAGAUGGAGUUUGUAGGUUUCAUGAGGAAGAUAUCGAGGUAAAAAAAUCUUACUUCUCUCGAGACUUCUCCGAGAAAUUUGUCUACCACAGCAACUUCAAUCUGUAUAGUUCGGCGUCUCUUAACUGGAGAGACACCUUUGGUAUCUACUUGGACCCAUACCCUCCAAAGGCUGAGGAGCUCCCUGAAUCCUGCAGGGAUGGUGUGCUUGAAUACUCGAAGCAUGUGAUGAGCUUAGGUGAUCUGCUCUUCGAACUUCUCUCGGAAGCUCUUGGUUUGAGCCCUGGUUUCCUUAAGAGCAAGGGUUGCAUGAAGGGUGUGCUUAUGCUCAGCCAUUAUUACCCUCCUUGUCCACAACCUGACCUAACGUUGGGCACAAGUAAGCAUUCAGACAACUCUUUCCUCACUAUUCUUCUUCAAGACCAGAUCGGUGGUCUUCAAGUUCUUCAUCAAGACUGUUGGGCCGAUGUUACUUCUACCCCUGGAGCACUCGUCAUCAACAUCGGAGAUUUCUUGCAGGCAAAGCUCAAAAAUAUAUGA